AUGUGGCGCUUUCUUCUCCUCGCUAUUCAUUUCACUCUCGUCAACUGCUAUCAAAACAACAUAUUUACAGGUAUUUGAGAAACUAUUUUAUGUAGAAAUGAGCAGAUUACUUAGGUAGUCUAGUGAUGUUAAUGUAACUUUUGACUGUAUGACUAUAUACACUAUCAAACACAUGAUCUUAAAUUGGUCAUUAUAUUUUAAGUACUUCAAGUGUAUAAUAUGUGAUGGGAAGAAGCUCUGAGUGUGUAGUGCUGUUUCUUGUGGUGUUUCUGCUGGUGUUUUUGCUGGUGAAUAAGUGGUAAUCAUUUUUCAUUCUGUGAAAGAUAAGCUUUGACAAGUGUUCAUAAGCAUGAUUAUACAUCAUGAACAUCCAUUCUUUCGGUUUAAAGUUUUCUUCACUGACUUUAAAGAUUUUAGCGUGCAGGAAAGGAAACGCCGUUGUUGACCGUCCACACAAAAAAUAAUUAAAGAUAGUUGAGCAUGCAGUUCUAUGCGGCAAUCUUUAUAGCAGAAUAAAAUAUAACCAAACAUUCACAUAUUACACAUCGUAAACAGUGUUUUUUUUUACAUUUAGUUAACCUAUUUCACUUAACUGCUGUGGUUUUAUAUUUCUAAGUUAUCCAGCCAUUACAGCUUCAUAUAAAUGCUUAAAUAUAGAAAUAGUGAAUUUCAGUUAUAAUUUACAGCAGCCACAGGCUAUACAUCCUAUUUUGAGACAGCGAGAGCAGUAGAGCACGCUCUUGCCCCAAAGACAGAUAGUAAACACAGAGAUUUGUUGACUUAGCAUUCAGUUUGAUCAUUGAAGUGUUUCCAAAUGUCAGUCUUUCUUUAUCUAAACAUUCGUCUUACGCUGUGUAUAACAUUAACGUUCAGUUUGAGCAAAGUUGAGUUUGAUAAACUAUUUUUCAGAGCCAGAUCUCAUUUAAACACGUUCAUUAUAAAGCUUUUUGAGUUUAGUGUACAAGAAUUUACUUGUAGAAAGAUGAUGUCCCAUUAUUACUGAUGUUACUAAUAUUAAAUUAAAUCUAAAAACUGCGAUAUAUAUGCAACCAACAUUUUUUUAUGGAUUGUGCAUGGCUAGGAUACUGUUAUAGAAUUUCUGAACAAGAUCUUGAACUAUAAGAAUAACUAAAACGAGUGAGACAUUCUAGGUAGUAAGUAAGUGGGGUAUGCUAACCAUCCUCACUUGUAGCUGAGCUGAAUUACGACACAGCUCAACUUGAUGGAGUCGAAGGCUUACAAUAAGGCUGCCUCUGCUGCCACUGUAUGACUUAUGUCUGAUGACAGAACAUAGCUACGAUGGAAGGGUUAGUUUGGUAUUUAUCCCUCCCUUUCCUGUGGGAGAGGAAACAUGUGAUUAGCUUCUCACACAAGUGUCCUUUGCGAGGAUGCAAUACAUGAUAUGAGAAUUGAAAAAGCCCGGUAACAAUUAGUUGAAGGUUUUAUAGUUCUGAAUUCAAGGGCGUAUUUUUCAACAAAUGUUUCGGCAUGUUUCAUGUUUUUUUAUGACUCCCAUAAUGUUUGUGUAUUAACAGCCCUAGAAGCAAUUAGAAGUUUAACGCUUUCUUUCAUAUGGAGUUAACGAGUAAUCCUAUUGUUGUCUUAAGCUUUUUUCUUUAUCUAAUAUUCUUACACCUUUGGAAAGGUUUUGUUUUAAAAAGUGUUUAGUUUGCUCAUGGUAAUUGAUAUGGGUAUUGCUGAAAACUGCAUCAUAAGCUUUAUAGUCAAAAGAAAAAUCGGGUAAAACUGUCAGGCUUGUCUAUCUCAAAAGACAGAGUUAUUUCAUUUAAGCGUGUUACAAUGCGAUGUGUAUAGGCGUAGUAUAUUGGUACCUUUCAUGGCUAUGAUUCUUGCAAUAUGAAGUUGUUUGUGUCAGUGGCAUGAGAGGGCAACAACUCAGAACUAUCCCCAGGUCGUCUCCUCCAGCUUCUUCACUGCUUGACGGUAAAAUAGAAAUAUAUAAAAAUACACACAGACAAACAUAACCGAGGUCAGCAAAAACACAAUAUAUAUAGAACGUACAAUUAAAGUAUAUAUAACAGAAUUUUACAAAUUUUGAAACGUUUGUCCAGAAAUGACAUUAAAAUGACAUACUACUUUCAACUGAUGCUUAAUCGUCAAAACAUUCAUAUAGCUUCUCUUAUUGCCGUAUAUUGUCCAACAAAUUCCACUCGUAUCACGUUUAUCGCGCUGUCCAGUGACACCAGCUUUUUACUGAUACUUAAAUCAAAUCUCGUUCUAUCAAUAUAACAUUCUCUCAUUAAAUUUCAGAAAUUAUUUAAUUUCAAAAAUUUUAUAAUAAAAUAUAGAAAAAUAACGAGACUGGAUUGACUUGUUCUCAUAAUGAGAGGCAAAUAAAUUUACCUCAGUUGUAUCAGGGGGUGUGAUAUAGCUAGAGGUUUAUAGAAUAUAUAAAAAUGCAGUAUAUACAAUGCAGUUUUUGGUUAUGUUUUUACUGUGGCUUUAAAGUAUGCCGGUUUUCGGUGUACCUUAUAAGCCACGGUUUUAAUUAAACACCUGUUUGAUAAAUAUACAGACUACAGUAUGUCACAAACUGAAGACUUCCACUACUGGAUAAACGAUCGUAAACGUAUCUCAACAAAAAUAAUUACUGCGAUGAACAACGCAAUAGCAAUCAUCGGCAUUUGCCAUUUGGGUGCCAAAAAGGAGGUUAUUCCAAACGGUGCACUUUCCAAAAUACUUUCACCAGGCAUGGAAAUAUAAAGCUUGUCUAACUUUUUCAGCUCACUUGCAUCCAAGUCAACAUCCAUAACUUGACGAUGGAUUUCAUGGAUGAUUCUCUUCGAGUAACUCAAACAGUUGUUUGCUGCUGUAUCGUACCAAUCCUGUGCGGCCAUAAGAUACGCCCACUCUAUAUCAUAAUCACUAAUUCCAAUGACCUCAUAACAUUUAAACAUUCGAUAGACGCCACUCAUAAACACAUCGCCUGUCAUGCCUAUCUUAUAUUCUUGCCCAUCUGUUGUUGAAAGAUCAAUCCUCCGAACUUUUAUCGGAUUGAUGACUUGAAAUGAAUUAUGGGAAAAGAAGACACGGAGACCCAAGCUCAUAUUUGCCAGCUUACGACUCUCCUCCACGUCUGCAUUGCUUCGAUUUAAGAGAUCAGUUUGCAAGAACACAACAGAAGCAUGAUUAUUGUGGACAUUGACAUAAACAGAAAACGGUACUUUUACGGCAGAAAAAGCGGAAAGUUGAUCAAGUUCUUGCCUUGCUUCUUCAAAAGUCUUUCUACCUUUCUUAUAAUCUUCAAACAAUAACGCGAUUACUUUACUUACGGUUGCUACGCUUACGUAUUGAUUCGAUUUAUUUAUUGAGUUCGGUUCUUGACGUUGUAUUCUUACAGCCAAAGUGCGAUUUCGUUCAUUCAUUCUAGUUGUGCAGGUCCAACCAACCAACUUUGUAUUCCCUCUUAAUAAUUUUCACUAAAAUAGAAACGUAAACGACAUUACUGCUUUCUUUCGAGUCAUCAAUAACCCAUGAAUUUCUUAUUUUGUAUUCUAAGCCGCGCAGCGGGUGUUCAUUUCAGACUUUCCAUGACAAUAGACGCAAACCUUCCUCUGCAAGCGAGUUUCUAUUACGUGAUAGACAAACAACAUUCCGCCGUCUUGCGUGAGCUUCGAAUCCUUAAAGUCAAUCGUGAUUGAAUGAUUGAAAAAUGAAGAUUUAGCCUGCACUACAUGUGAGCACUAUUUAGAAACAUAGUACUUUGUGUGGCUAAUAUGUACAUAUAUGUCGCUAAAGCUACUUUAAAUUACACGUAGUUAAUUAUGAAAUACGAUAGGAACACAAUAAAGUGUGUUCAUCAUAAAACCGAAAAUAUAGCAACGUUGGCAAAAAGCUCUUGAUUCUCACCUGUGAAAUGUACUAUCAAUUGAGGAUGACACAGAGCCUUCGAACGAUUCUCCUACCAUUACUAGUCUAUGGAAUUCGUAAACUACUCGAAUACUGCCAUACUGUUGUAGUGAACGUCUCACACACGUAACCUUGUUGUAUUACAGGUGAACGUUAAUUUUGACCUUAUCUGGAACAUAUAGGCGCAAACUAAUAGUUGGGAAACUAAUUCACUGGAAAUUGACUUUUUCCAAGAACGAGCUAUUAAACGCUAUCCUAUUAGAAAUAUGAGCAAAACAGCCCCCCCUCCCCGCGUAACAAGAACGUUUGUGAAGAGGCAGUUGAGCGCGUUAUAUUACUGUGCAGGUGCCUUUUAUGAGAGAAGAGUCUGACCAGUUAUGCCCUACGUGGUAUAUACUUGUAUUUUUCCUCAGGCAGUUGAUUCCCUUUCCAUCCUCAGCUUAAUACCAAUAAGACACUCCAAGAGGACAAUUUUGAUUUGCAAGAGCCAGAAUACAUAAUGAAUGACCUCAGUCAAUAAAUACGAUUAAAUAAUAAGAGGUUAUUUACACGCUAUCUAUUUCUACUUUCAGCUGUACCAAAUGCUUUCUUUAAAGACUGUCUGUUGGAAAUUAACAAAUAUCGUAAACUACACGGCGCAUUCGCUCUGCGGUGGAGCGAUGACUUGCAGUAUCACGCACAAACACGGGCGGACAAAUUAGCUUCGGAUCAAUUCCUUCAGAAUGAUAUCGAGGUUGGGGACAGACUCGGCCAAGGUGAAACCGUCUCGUAUUUAUCUCCUUCCAAGGAAAUGUGUCGUACGUUCCCCCCGUCUGGCGAUUGCUAUGCAUGUCGGGACACUAUAGCAACUUGGUACAAUGAAUCCAAGCAUUAUAACUACAUCACUGGUUACUCUGUGGAUGGGACCAAACAAGUCUUACAUUUUACUCAAGUAAGUUGACUAUGCUGGGAAUGUUCAUUGUGAAGCCUGGUUGACACUAUCAAAGUUUCUGUGAUCACAGUAGGGAUUUUGCAUCGCUAAAUUCUAAGUUUUAAUGGAUUUGUUAGCCCGCGUGCAGGCCCCUGCACGCGGGCUAUGGGUUUGUAAGAAAUGUUUGAGAAAACUGACUCACUGUUUAACACUGAGUCAGUUUCCUCAAAUAUUUCUUACAAAUCCUUCAACAUUCCUACUGUGAUCACCGGCUUCGGGAGUGUACUGUCUAGCCCUAGGUUCGAGUUUGUACAGUCCAACAUCAUUCUCGUACCCAGAGCCCAUUUUGCAUGCGUCCGUUGACCGCGCUUUUAAAAGAAGGUUUCUGGCUACGAUAAUGAGUAGAACCUCUAUUAAGUAAUCACGUGUAAAAGAGCUGUUUAAUAGGAGUUAUGAUAACUAUGUUUUACUAGGGUCAUCGAAUUGUUUGUUUUUUCAGUUGGUUUGGAAAGACAGUGUCAAGGUUGGCCUGGCCACCGCGCUAAGUCCUCGAUAUGGCGUCAUCACUGUAGCUCGCUAUCAUCCACGUGGAAAUAUUGGCUUCCUUGAUGAUUACAUCAGAAAUGUCGCUCCAAGAGGUAAGAGGACGGUGUGAUGUAGAAACGUUAUGACGUCAACCUCAUACCCAGGGCUUCUGUGCAUGUAGCGCAACAAGCGCAUAAGCCCUGGGUACGAGGUUGCUUAUGUUGCUUAUUAUUUUAAAUUAUUUCCAUGUUCACAGGUAGUAAUGAUGGAUUUGAUGGGAAUGAUGGUGAUAGAGGCCAAGGAGGUCCCUCGUGUCGAAAAAGAAAAGCAAUAAUUCCAACUUAUAAAGGUGGCAGAGAUUUUUGUUCUGAGUUCAGCUUUAGUAGACAUUGUUUUGGAAAUUCCGUUCGUAUACUAUCCAUCGGAAAUAUUGUUGGAGAAACAUAUUUUGCUUCCAAGGAAAUAUUUUCCAACAAAUUUAGCAACAUUUUGUUCCCUGAGUGUAAUUUUUGUUGUACAAACAAUUUGCAAAAAAUCGUAAGCUUUUUACACAACAGAAACAAAUAAUCGUUUUGUUUUUUAGAUUGUGUUAACGAGUAUGGAGACGAUCUUUGCGAUUUUUAUGCUCAAUUACCUGAUUAUUGUGAAUAUAACGCUGCCUUUAUGAAGGUCAGCUGUGCGAAAAGCUGCGGAGUUUGUGAAAGUAAGUAUUGCUUGAACGUUUUGAAAUGAGAUAUUUGCAUCAAAUUAUUUCUUCAUUUCGUAAUUUAAUUAUUUUCUUUUUGAUUUUUCAGAACGAUUUCCUGCUCCUCCAGUGAUAGAAAGCGAAGGUAGAAAACAGUUCCAACUCCAGUUUAUCUUUUAGAAAAGCUCCACUGUAUUUGGAGGAUGAGUUUUUACCUCAUUAAUUACCCAGUGUUCUCGAGAGCUGACUGACCAAGGUCGUUUGCAAAACCACUCUCGCAUGGUUAUUGAUGAGAAUUUAAGCUUCGUCUUCACUACGACACAAGCAUAAACUUAAGCAUAAGAAUAUCAAAACGUUGCGUUCCUUUCCAUUCCAUUCCAUUCCUUUCCUUUCCUUUCCUUUCCUUUCCUUAUGCUUAUGUUGUUGCUUAUGCUUGCGCUUCAUCUUGCAUUGUAGUGAGGACACAAUAUAAACACAAGCAUAAUAACAUCACAGCGUUCCGCUUGCUUGUCCAGGUUAUACCUUGCGAUGCCGUGACACAAAGAUUAUUAGAUUAAUUGUGUUUGAUAUUUCGAAACUUGCGAUAAAUUGCGUCCUCUCAUGCCUAUUAUUUCAGCCAAGAGCUCUCCUGUACAGCAGGCUUGAUGUGUGCUUCACACUCAUGAUUUCUGAAUUAUUUUCAUCCUUUACGCUAUUUUUUUGUAGGUGAAAGAAAGCUUGAGUUACAUUGGCAAAUCGGCAAGUGGUUUAAGGUACAAGAUCCUUCAUAUUCGCUUGUGAGGAUUGUUGUAUCCACGUGAGGAUUGUUGUAUUCAUUUUGUAUUUUUUAACUCUAGUGUCACGGAGGUUUUCAGAGGCGUUCAGUGAAAUGUUUCCACAAGCACAAUAGUCAUGACUACCUUGUUCGAAAUAAGUUCUGCAGACGUGAGCUGGGAGACGAACCCACAAAGUACAAAGAUUGCCCGUUAGGUGUUUGA